AAAACUACCAACAUUUUCGAUUAUUCAUCAUGGCCCGCCGUUAUCACGUCACACAUUACUCGUAUUACCAGGUGCAGUGUCGACGAAUACAUACCAGGUGAAAUAUUAACUUUGUUCACAGUUUAUAGAAGGCGUGAAUACAGUCAUGUUCGAAUAUACAAUACAUUUCAGACAUAUGGUUUAUGAAUCUAGAGCUUUUUUUGUAUUUCCAGCUAAUUGGAGCCAGUUGUCCAGGUGGGAAGAACCAACAAACUCAAGUGUUGCUAUAGAAACAAGUACAAAUCCCUAUCAGCAAUCAAGGGACCAUCAGUGUGAAGUUUGCCUUAAAAUAUUUACUACAAAGUAUACCAUGAAAAGACACAUGAACACUCAUACAGGGAACAAACCAUAUGCAUGCAAUUUAUGCCCUAUGAGGUUUGCCCAUACUGGCUCUCUUAGUUUCCAUAAAAAAUCUCGAGGUCAUUUUUCUUGAUGAUAAAUGGAAUAAUAGGACAUUCCUCUUCUUUUGAUUGAGAUCAAACUUGUAAAAGUGUCUUCAGAUAUAACUUAUACAUCGCAAAGACUAUAGAAUGAUAUUUAUAUCAUAUGUAAAUUUAGGCGACCCGACUGGUAUAUGUUCAUUCAGAAACUCA